CCUCUAAACACCAAAACAGUCGCUUUCAUCCUUAUUUCUUGGUCUCAUCCCCCGUGGCUGUCGACCUUGUCCCUUCGCUUUGACCUGUGAUAGCAAGUAGACAUAUCAUCAGCCAUACUUUGCAAGGACAUUCGCUUGUUUUGCUCGGCUUCAUCUCGUUCGCUUUUUUUGGAACCGACGACACCUGAUAUCGCCACCUCAGCCCCCCGGAUUUCCGUCUUGUCAUCCGGAUCUCCCGCCGUGUUAUAUAGAGGAAUAAGAAAGCAGCUUUAUCGACAUCAGAUAUUGUACUGGAAUUGAACAAAGGAAAAAUGCCUUCUUCAUCCACCCUCCUCACUCUGGCCACGGCCAUUUCGGCCGUCAACGCCGCCUACCAGGGCUUCAACUACGGCUCGACCUUUACCAACGGUCAGCCCAAGGCCCAGACUGAUUUCGAGGCCGAGUUCAAGACGGCUGCUGGUCUCGACGGCACCGAUGGCGCCUUUACCAGCGCCCGUCUGUACACCAUGAUCCAGGGCGGCACCCCCAACUCGCCCAUUUCUGCCAUUCCCGCUGCCAUCAACACAAAGACCAGCCUGCUCUUCGGCCUGUGGGCGUCUGCCGGCGAUGCUGCCUUUGCCAACGAGAUUGCCGCUCUCAAGGCCACCAUUAGCCAGUACUGCGGUCAGCUCGACGGUCUUGUUGCCGGUAUCUCUGUUGGUAGCGAGGAUCUGUACCGAAUCACCCCUACUGGUGUUGCCUCUCAUGCCGGCCCUGGAGCUCAGCCCGGAACUCUGGUUAACUACAUCAACCAGGUCCGUGACACCGUCAAGGGCUCUUGUCUGUCUGACGUUCCCAUCGGCCACGUCGACACCUGGAACGCCUGGGUGCUGGACUCGAACAAGCCUGUCAUCGAUGCCGUCGACUGGCUCGGCAUGGACACCUACCCCUACUACGAAAACACAAACGCCAACAGCAUUUCCAACGCCAAGUCUCUGUACGAGGCCGCCCUGCAGAAGAUCCAGAACGCUGGCCCUGGCAAGGAGGUCUGGGUCACUGAGACCGGCUGGCCCGUCAACGGCGUGAGCUCUGGCGAUGCCAUUGCCUCUACGACUAAUGCUCGUGACUACUGGGUGCAGGUUGGCUGCCCCAACUUUGGCAAGACCAACGUCUGGUGGUACACUCUUCAGGAUGCCGCUCCCGAUGCUCCCAACCCCAGCUUCGGUGUCAUUGGCAGCCAGCUGACCGAGACGCCUCUGUUCGAUCUCUCCUGCAAGAACAUCGACACCAAUCCAAGCAACCCAACGUCGACUUCCGCAGCCCCCAGCAAGCCCUCUAGCUCCUCCGCUGCUGCUUCGUCCACCAAGGUUACUACUCCCACCUCUGAGUCCAGCUCCAGCUCCAGCUCCACCUCCACCUCUGUCUCUACCACUACUAACUCAGAGCCUCAGUCUACCAGCUCAGACUCUCAGCCUAGCAGCUCGGACUCUCAGACCACCACCGACUCUGGCUCCCAGUCUACUACUGCUUCAGAGCCGCAGACUACUAGCUCGGAACAGCAGACUACGACCUCGGAGGCUCAGACUACUGGUUCCUCGGGCUCUCAGACCACUGCUUCAGAGCCUCAGUCCACUAGCAGUGCGUCGGCCUCUUCCGCCGCCCCUACCACCUUUACUACUUCUGUCCCCUUCCCCAGUUCUAACGGCUCUGUGACCGCCUCACCUACUGGUGGCUCACCUACUGCUCCUGGGUCCAGCUCGAGCGCUUCUCCUUCCACGACCAACGUUCCUGGAAGCAGCGGUAACAAGCUGAGCUCUUUCGGAGCCGCUGCCGCUGCCGUUGCCGUGGCUGCUUUUGCUCUGUAAAAAGACAAAAAGCUUUUGGCCCCGUUGGUGUAAAUAAGGGCCUUUUUUUAAUGAAUCAGAAACAAAAAGAAUGUCGUGAGAUUGAUCUCGAGGAGAUACAUACAAUGUGGAGGAAAUCAUGUCUUUAAUGAGUUUUGACGGGGGUUUCGGCAUAUCUACCUAGAGAAACCUCGGUAGAUUUGGUUGUUUGGUUUCUUGUUUUUAAUGCCUUAUACGUCUUGUCUAUGGAUAAUUUCCUGUGGACUACUUAAUGAAUGGCAUUGGCACUUACGGAUAAAGGGGGUUAACGGAUUACAAGGAUGAAUGAUCACACUCCUUUAUGAUGGAUGAUAUAAAGAUAUAGGACUGAAAUAUAUGACAAUACUAUUUAUAUUGACCACU